CAUUUUCUCGGGGAGCGUGAGAUGGGGGAUUAUAGAACCCCCCAGUUCGGGUUCUCUCCCCCCCUCCCCUCUCCCCUUCUUGGUGGGCGUGGCUUAAAGUGACAUAUGGGGGCAUGGUUUGUGUUUUCCGAAGAGCCAAUCAGCAGUGAGGAAGGGAGUGGGAGGGGGGCAGCUGGAGGAGAGGGAAAAGUUUGUUUGGGGAAAGUUUUUCUUUAUUUUUUUGUUAAAAAAAUAUUAAAGGGGGAGAAGGCGCGGAAAGAGGUAUUGCGUUAAAAGUGGGAGAGCAGAGGUGAAUCGAACCAAAACCUCCUCCAUCCAGCCCCCCAUUUUUUUGAGGGGUGGGGGGAGAAGGAAGGGGCUUGCAACCCUAUUAGGCUGCAUCCACCGAUUCUCCCCCACCCCCUGGAAAAAAUGGGCGCAGCGAACUGCGAAGACGAGGACUUAGAAUUCAAGCUGAUUUUUGGAGAAGAAGAAAAGGAACAUCCAGGAAUGGGAGUCCCCUUGGAAGGUGAGAUGCGGGUUGUUAUGGGGGAUUGUGAUGGUUGGUUACAAGGAGGGAGGUGUGAGAAUAUGUGGGGCGGGGGGAAGAAUCAAGGGGUUUUUUGUGCGUGUGUCUGGUGUAGCUGGAAAAAGUCCCCCCUCCCUUUCCUUUUUAGGACAACUGGGGAGGGAGAUGGCACGAAUGUUCCCAUCUCCCUGCAGGAAGAGUGUGUGUUUUUUUGCUCCGAGAGUGAGUAAUCGAAUCCCUAAAACACGCGGCCCACGCAAAUGGUUAAUACUAUUUGCAAUCAUUUUAAAGAUGGGUGUUGCGUUUCUGCCCAUGCUGGUGAGGAAAGUGCGUGAGUGAAUGAGAGAAGAAAUCGGUCUCGAGUUUCACACACGCCCCAAUCAUGCUUCUGUGAAAAUUGUGGAAUCGGAAAACUUUCAGGUUGCACUGAACUCUGCAUAGAAUGUGGGGGGUUUUUUUGGGGGGGUGGAGCUUCUGAGUUCUUGGGACCAAUAACUGGUUAACCCUUUUAUUAUAAUAAUACAGAAAAUUGUUUUGAUCAAAAAGAGUUAAUGCGUGUGCUGCUAUGUGUGGAAACUGUGAGCUGGAAAAUCUUUGGUUCAAAUUGUGGUUUAGCUGUGAACACAUUGGAUAAUCUGAAACAAUGAUGGAGGCUGCGUGGCCCACAUGAUGUUACUGGAUGAUUAUUGGUGUGUUUUUCAAAUUUAUUUUUUACCCUCUGUCCACCCUAGGGUCCCUAUUUUAAAUUUUAAAAACAGCUGAUAAAAUUUACAACCAGAAAACUAGCACAAGUCCUAAAGAUCUGCAUCCUAAGUGUCAAAAGACCAGUUUGAAGUGGACUGCAGCUCAGACCAUUGGCCUUGCAAUGGCUGAUGGUAGCUUGAGUCCAGCCAUAUCUAGAGCAGAACUUGGGUCUCCAGCUGUUUUCGCACUACAACUCCCAUCAUCCUUAACUAGCAGGACCAGUGGUCAGAGAUGGUGGGAAUUGCAGUCCAAUAACAGCUGGAGGCCCAAGUUUGGGAAACACUGAGGGCCACAGGGUCCCCACACCUGGCCCAGUGUGACCUAGGAUUUCCUAGCCUUGGCCACAGUGCGUGAAAUGGUUGCCUAUCUUAUAGGGUUGUUGUAAGUACCACUGAGCUCCUCUACAUUAGCUGCAGUUAAGUCAGUGGUGGUGAACCUGGGGGUCUCCUUCCCUUUGGGACAACUUUCCCCAAGCCAUAGGCAAGUCAUGGGCGGGGGCAGAGGCAAAAGUGGGUGGAGCAAUGAAUGCAAUUUUUUUCAUUAUACAGUAGGCUAGUUUCUGCAAGCGUACACACAUCUCUCUCUGCGCUACAUCCAGAAAAGCAAGUGGUAUUUAUCAGAGUUCAUGGACAUGUUCUAACAGGGCAAAAACUCUCAAGGAGGGUCUGAAGCAGGGCAAGUCAGGAAUGUGGCCUGGGGAGAAUCGUGAGGGCCAGGUAGAGGAACUUUGAGGGCCACAUUUGGCCCCUAGGCCUAACACCCCUACUCCUAUGUUAAGUCCCUCUGGUACUCUUUUCCACCUAGUUUGCGAGAACAGGCUUUGCCUCCUCUCCCAAAGUGGGGCUUAAACUAGCUUGGUAAUAAUUGCAAGCAGAAAUAUAUAUCUUGCAGAGGGUAUCUAGUCACAGGUGGUGCAAAAUGCCCAAGAAGAAUGAAAUGAAACUAUAAUUCCUUUCUUCUGCCAAACCCUCCAUCAGUUUGAAAAGUAGGCUUCUGCACGUUCAAAACGGCAUAAUAAUAGCAUCCUAAUGGUAAUUCAUAUGUGCCCACACACAAGAGAGGCUGUAAACAGGUGUUUGUUCACUGUAUAGUUAGUGACUGCUUUAUCUCUAGUUAAGUCAUCUGGAUGCUUAACCACUUGCAGUAGGACAUGUUGGAACCAAUGUGUUCUUAGGGGCUAGCACCAUAGUUGCAAACAUUUCUUCAAUUUUCAUUGUGAAUUAAGAGAAAUUUUGGUAUUUCCCCAAGUUCCACCCCCCCUUUCGAUGUCUGAAACCUGUCUCAUGCGCACAGACACACCCCUGUCAAAACCAAACUUAAACCCCAAUCCCCCCAGGAUGAACAUUCACCCCAGAAUAAUUUAAUUUCUGUUAGCUUGUUGUCGCAGCGUAGGGUAAUCCCGGAGCAUAGCGGCACCUUUAACCAAUUUAUUGGGCCAUGAGCUUUUGUCGGCCAAAACCCUCUUUCUCAGAUGCUUGAAGUGGUCACGUCAGAAGGAAGAAUUCAAAACUCAAAAUAUCACAUUUGCAAAUCCAGGCUUUGAAUCCUGAAAUGGAAAAAUGUGGGUUGCGUGACAUGCGUUUCCACACGCAUAUUUGAAAAAUGAGAAUGGGAGGUGGGGGUGGGGAUGGUGGGUGGAAAUCCUUCCCCCUUCUUUUAUUUUCUUAGAAGAAGUUUGCAACUUCCAUUUCCCCCCACCCACCCAAUAUCUGUCUCGGAAGCUGGUAUAGGGGACAUUCUUGGCCCUGUAACCCCCUCAACUUGUGGGGGUGCUUCUGGAAGGGGUUCAGCUGAAAGCGGGCUGGCUGCCCCAAAAUAUAUCCACACCCUGGCUGAGGGCGCUGCUGUGAGGAGGAAGUUGGCAGCCCCCUGUAUGAGCCAGCCUCCGAGGCGGAGGUAGGAAACUGGGGUGUUUUUUUUCCAGAGAGAAAGGUCAAACUGUCUCUGGGCAGGCGGCGUCUGGUUCAAAUGAAAUCCAGAUGGGGUCUGAGAGGGCCUCGGGAUCCCACAGAAUCCAGCCCCUCCACACUGGCUCCCAUCCAAGGCCUUCAAAUCCCGUGUGUAGGGGAGCUGGGGUUGUCGGGGGGGGGGGGCUUUUGAGAUGGCGGCAAGUGGGGAAAGAAGGGGGGGGGCAGACACACUUCAAGCCUCCCGCAUACGGUUUCAACUAGCUCCCUGCAACAGUGCAAUUUUCCUUUUCGUCUUUUGGCCUGCGCCCCGUUUCCUUGGCAACGGGGGUCCCUGCCAGUGGAGCCUGGGGCUUUGGGAAAUGGCCCUUUAAUUGGGUUCAGAUGGCGGCCCCUCCCUGACAGUCUCUCUUAUUUUCUCUUUCUCCCCCCUUUUCUCCUCCAUCCAACUGGAUCCUUGUCUCUGGCCCACAAAACAGGGUGGAGGCCCUGAGAAGACUAGGCCAAGUUCAGGGGGAACUUUCUAAGCCCACCUCCCCCCCACCCCACCAAAAACUUUUUCAGAAGCUUUUGUUUCAAAAAGGGAGGCGAGCCUUUGGCUUUCUUCCUCCACCUGCCCCUCAACCUAAGGAGGGUACAAGCUGGGAGGGUGACUCCUGGCGGCAAGAUGGGAGCCACCCCACACUUUGGGGCUUUCGCUGCAGAGCAAACCAAAGCCUGUCUUAGCCCAGAAUACCUGCUUCCAACAGAGGACAGCCUGGUGCCUCUGGAAAGCUCCCAAGCACAGCAACUCACCUUGUUGUUGUUUUAAAAAAUCCUAGGCACAUGGCAUUCAAAGAUAUACUGCCUCUGUUCAUGGGGUUUUUAUUUAAGUCGCAAAAUGGCAAUGCAAAACAUAAAGGAUGCAAUCUGACUUGGUGGGUUGCAAGCUUCCUUUACGACCCAACGAGAGCAGUAUUGCCUUUGCAAAACUCAUGUUUUGGAUUACAACUCCCAUCAACCCCAGCCAGCACCAAAGGCCCACCGAGCCCAGUGCCCAGUUCUCAGCAGCUGCCAACCAGACACUGAUGGGAAGUUCCAUUGGUGGAGGCAGAACAUUGGGAUAGAGUGCCUCUGAACCUGCAGGUUCUGUUUAGUUACAAUGCAGCAGUCUCAGUUCGAGCUUUGUUUGCCUUUUUGCCUUCCCAGAUACAAGGCUGCCAGUCUACUUGUGUGUGUGUUUGUGUUCUUGACUAGGGACGCGGGUGGCGCUGUGGGUUAAACCACAGAGCCUAGGACUUGCCCAUCAUAAGGUCGGCAGUUCAAACCCCGUGACGGGGUGAGCUCCCGUUUCUCAGUCCCUGCUCCUGCCAACCUAGCAGUUCGAAAGCACGUCAAAGUGCAAGUAGAUAAAUAGGUAUCGCUCCGGCGGGAAGGUAAACGGCGUUUCCGUGCGCUGCUCUGGUUUGCCAGAAGCAGCUUAGUCAUGCUGGCCACAUGACCCGGAAGCUGUACGCCGGCUCCCUCGGCCAAUAAAGCGAUAUGAGCGCCACAACCUCAGAGUCGGUCACGACUGGACCUAAUGGUCAGGGGUCCCUUUACCUUUACCUAGUGUUCUUGAGCUACCACCUUCAUUCUUGCCCUGCCUUCCGGCUUUGCCAAUUUCCCUUAAUUCUCUCCCAAACAACCACACAUGCAUUGCCCUGCGAGUACCACACAACAUCUUCCAGCCGCACCACCCAAGCAGGAAACAGUUGCUGCUCAUUCCCGCUGAAUAUUGGCAGAAGGUGGAGCGAAACAGGGUGCUGGGGGUGGGUUGUGUAGUGCAGUCUUCCACCAGCCUGCAGCUCCCAUCAGCUCCAUUUUUGCAGUUCAGAACAUCUAGAAGGCACCAGGUUGGCAACAGCUGGCGUAAUGUGACAAGACUGGGUUGGAUGGAGAGUUGAGGUGUGAUCCAUUUGUGUGCUGUGAUCCACUCCCUACCGAGAGAGAAGAUGACGGAAAGCAGUGACAGGAGCGGAGAGGUCACAGCCACGCAAUCUCUUUAAAUCACUUUUGCCCCACUUUAAGAGUCAUGGAGGAAACUGGGAAGUGUAAUUUGUUAAAGGCGCCUUGUUUGUUUGUUUAUUUGUUACAUUCAGAUGAGGCUGGGCAGGGUUUUCAACCCUGGCCUUCCAGGUACUAAGUCCGGCACUCUUAACCGCUAUGCAAUCGCUGGUUCUCGAAACUACAAUUCCCAGCACCCUUAGCAAACUACAAUUCCCAGGAUGUGGGUGUGACCAGAAAGAGAGAAACUUUAAAUUAGAAGCAGCUGUCAGUCGAGAAAGGGUUGCAGGGCAGAGAAGAAGAAAUCAGCUUUCAUCUUUCUUUCUUUUUCUCCUCUUUAUAUCUUUAUCCAAAUAUUUGCUGUGUGUAUGUAUUUUGUUUUUUCUAGGGAAAAAAAAAGAGGAUACCUCUUCCUUUAUUUGACUUGUGGGUAGUCAUCCCUCCCCCCCACCCCAGCCAGCUAUAUUUAAUAUCCAUCCCAUGGGGUUUGGGUUCUUUGCUUUCUCUCUCUCUUGACGUAUGCAGGAUGCCAUAGGCGAAAGGAAAGCACGCCUCCUUCCAGGAUUCUUUGUUGCUGAAAAACCUCCCUUUUUGCUGCUGUUGGUGGUGGUGGUUCCCCUUUAUUGCUCAGGCCCUCUCUUGGAUUAAUUUGACAAUCGGGUUGCAUAUUUGGUGUAAUGAAUUCAGCUAUUGCUAGCUGUGGGGAGGAGGAAGGUAGAAAGAUAGCAACUCAGUAAGCUAGUUUAUAUUGAGUCAAAGCCUUGGUCCGCCCUACACUGACUGGCAGCAGCAGCUCUCCAGUGUUUAAUACUGGGGGUGUUUCCACCUGUAUCUGGAGAUUCAACCCGAGACCUUUUGCAAGCAAAACAGAUUCUCUGCCACUGACCUAUGACCCUCACUGCUCUCUUACUGCUAGAUGUUCUGAUCAGCCAUCUGUUGGCUCAUGGCUUCACUAGGGGGUUCUCAAUUCAUUCAGAUCAUUUAUACCGGGGGAACCUCCCAAUAAAAAUAACUAAUCCUUACAAUCUAAAAAAAAGGCACAGCAUGAAAGGAAAAAGAGAAGGAGAGGGAAGAGGAAAAUGCAUGUACCCGGGCACUAAAUUCUUACUGUUACAAGGCUCUUACAAUGACCAAUUGGUAUAGAAAUGAGCUGCUCACAUGGCUCUUUAAAAUUUAACUGUGUUAUUCAAAUGGAAACAUGCACAUAUACCCAAAUGCAUUUACCGCUUCAUGAAACAGCAUGCAGAUUAAGGUCCUCUUCAGAGCCAUAGAAGCUAGAAAGCUUUUGCUUUUUUCAAAAAAGGUGGUUCACAAGACAUCACAUUGGAGCGUAAGACAAUCAUGGGAUUGCAUGCAGUUUAGCAAAUUGUGUUCCCUUCUUCUAGUAGAAAGAGGUGCUCAUAUCACUACCCAUCUGUGGUCUGUUGGCCUAAAAGUAUAAUCUGCCACUUUUUGGUAAACUUACGGUAAACCUGUUAGCUUGUUUUUUUUCCUAUUGCUCUUGGGACAGCUGAUCAGAGAAUCACUUGCACGUUAGAUUAUCCUCUGUCUCCAAAUUCUAUUGGUCACACCCACACUUAUCCUCUUUGAUAUCCCUCAAAGAGUCCUAGGAGCUGUAGUUUGCCUCUCUAGAGAGCUACAGCUCCCAGGAAUCUUUUGGGGGAAACCACAUGUUUUAAAUACAGUGGUACCUCAGGUUAAGUACUUAAUUCAUUCCGGAGGUCCGUUCGUAACCUGAAACUGUUCUUAACCUGAAGCACGACUUUAGCUAAGGGGGCCUCCUGCUGCGCUGCCGGAGCCCGAUUUCUGUUCUUAUCCUGAAGCAAAGUUCUGAACCUGAAGCACUAUUUCUGGGUUAGCGGAGUGUGUAACCUGAAGCAUACGUAACCUGAAGCGUAUGUAACCCGAGGUACCACUGUAUCAUUUUCAACCAACAUGGUGGUUCUCAUCUCUUUCCUUUUCCCCCUCUCUCUUUUUACAGACCUGGAUGCGGACAACCUCCCUGCCUACUGCUCACUUGCCCUGGGAGACCCGCCUCCCUACACCUCUCCCCUGGGAAUCCCCUGCCCUCUGCAUCUCGGCGGGGGCCGUGCAGGCAUGCACUCCCCCCCACCCCGGCCGGCCGACUUGGACGGCGACACCUUUGAGAGCCAGCCCGCCCGGCGCGUCCGCCUCGGAGGCUCCCGUGUGCUGGAAUGCCCCAGCAUCCAGAUCACCACCAUUUCGCCAGGCCGGCGGGCCGAGGAAGACGACUGGGACUCCUCGCCUCGUGACUACCUCCUCCUGGAGGCUUUCGGGGGCUACCGAGAGACCACCCCGUCUUCCGGCUUCUUCACCCCGAGCCCUGCCAGCAGCGGCAGUGUCUCGCCUUGGAGCUUCUUUUCAGAUGACGAAGCCCCCGCCGGGGACGAUGUGGAGCGGGAGCUGAACGAGGCAGCGGCCCGCUUUGCCCUCAGCUCCCCCUUGGGUUCUCCCCGGGGCUCCCCCAAGCCAUGGUCACCCGCCGACGAGUCAUGGCAGCCUUACGGCGCCAGCUAUUCCCCGAGCCGGGGCGCAGAGGAUGGAUGGAUGCUCCUGGGCCCGCGGCCAGCUUCGCCCUGUGGCAAGCGGCGGUACUCCAGCUCUGAAACUCACUCUUCGGCAUCGCCGUGCCUCUCUCGGAGGGGCAGCCUUGGAGAGGAGACCCCGGGGGAGACCGUGGAGGCAGGAGGCGACACGGCGCCCUUCAACUGUACUGGAGCCCGACCGGCCGAAAGCAUCCCCCAGAAAGCCCGGAAGACCUCGACCGAGCAGACAGUGGCCCUGACCAGGAAGGAGGAAGGGAGCUGCAAUGGGGAGGAUGGGGGCAGCGGCACCACGGGGGGCUACGGACUUGGCGUGGGGCGCAAGGAAGGAAUGGAUUACCUGGCAGUACCUUCCCCGCUGGCCUGGUCCAAAGCUCGCAUUGGAGGUCACAGCCCUGUGUUCAGGUAAACCAAGACUCUAACGCUCUUUAAAGUUUGUAUAAAUGGUCCCCUUCUUCCUUCCAUGCAAGGAUGUUGAGAGUUUGGGUUGGAACCGUGGCCUGAGAGAGGGUUUCUAAAAGCGGUCAUCCAGGUGGCUUGGGGCGAUUCCCAAGCAAGGCAUGAUGGGAAUAUCCGUCUUGGGAUGCUUAUCUCUAGAUCUUGGUAGCUGGAGGUGGAUGGCUUUGCGAAUGUGGAGUUACAAGUUGGGCAGAUCCCUAACACACACAUAUUAUUAAAGCACUCUGGGAAUUGUAGCUCUGUGAAGGGAGCAGGGAUCUCCUAACAGCCCUUAGCAAACUGCAGUCCCCAGGAUUCUGUGUGGUUUCCAACAGGAUAUUAAAAACACAAUAAAAGAUCAAACAUUAAAAACUUCCCUAAACAGGGAGGGCAUUCCACACGGCGGGUGCCACUACAGAGAAGGCCCUCGGCCUGGUUCCCUGUAACCUCACUUCUCACAGUGAGGGAACUGCCAGAAGGCCGCGGCGCUGGACCUCAGUGUUCGGGCUGAAAGUUGGGGUUGGAGACGCUCCUUCAGGUAUACUGGGCCGAGGCCGUUUAUGAGCUUUAUGAGAGUGCUUUAAAUGUAUUGUGUGGAUGGGGCUUUGCUUCUUAUCUUCCUCACAUGUAGUUCUUUAGUUCACCUCUGGACUAUCCGUAGUUUAUAGGCAGGAUUGUGGAAAUUUAGGUUUGUGCAAUUUAAAGUGGAUUAAAGUGCUCUGUAGCAGCAGAUCCACUUUUAAAAAAUGGACUUUUGGCAGGUUCGCAGGGAUGGGGGAAAUGCGCUAAAACGUGUAGUGUGAACAAAUGAUCAAUGAGGAAAUGCUGGGCUUUCCCCCCCCCCCCCCCAGCAGGAGCUUACUAGAGCUCAGCUCUGGCACCUCUCAGGUGGGCACCAUUGUGAUUCUAAGAGAGCAUGGGAGAAGUCCGUGGUGAGCUCUGGCACCCUUUGCCCCCCUGGAAAAAUAGCACUGAGGAAUUGUAUAACCACUGCGCAAGCAGAUCAAGAUGAACCCUCAUUGUCAUAUAACCUGCCCACAAACAAAUUAGAAGGAAUGCUCAGUAAAGCACAGGCGUAUAGCUUUUUCGUAAGCUUUGCGCAAGCUAAUCAGGACGAAUGCCCAAUUAUCAGGGCAUCUGGAGCAGCCCCAGCGAUUGCAGAUUUUGCUGCCCUCCUAGCGUGGAUCCUAGCUAUCUUCCUCUAGCAUCCAAAGACCUUCACCUGAGCAUGCCGUUGUCGGGAACUGCGGAUGGGGGUGGAAGCCAUGGCUCCCUCCCUCUCCCACCCUUAAGCCAGCCGGUUUGAAUUUGCCAGCGCCAUUGCCGGCUCUGUGGUUUGGCUGCCAGAGUUUCUGUUGUAUAAAAACAACUUGUCAGACCAGACCAGGCAGAAGGGCUGGUGUCUCUAGUUACACAUCCCAGACCCCAGCUCUGCAUGCGGUGCUGGGGGCGGACGGGUGGGAGCUGGCGUAAACACGCAGUGCCUUGUUCCCUGUUAAGGUAAGCAGCUGGAUUGGAAGAAUUUCCCCUGCAUGGUGGAUCAACGUCAUGACCUUUGAGUUCGGGGGCAGUGGCUCCAUCCAUUCCCUCCUCCGCCCCGUUUGCAGUUCCAAAGCCCAUAGCCAGCAAUAUCCUGCCAAGCCAAGUCCCCCGUUUCUUCAAAGCAGAACUUAGCAUCUCUUAAGCCAAGCUUGUGAAUGCAAUGGGUUAGCCUGCGACAACAACCCCACGAGAACUAAAAUACAGUAGACCUUGCAUAUCUUGCCUCCUUGUUUGCAGAGAUUUCUAUAAGGGUGAUACCGGCAAUUUAGGUCAGCCUUGCAAAAGCUGAGCUGCUGCAUUAAAGGGACUAAAUUUGCAAGCGCCAAACUGCUGAAUCAAAGAGCCUUUGGGUGCGUACACAGUACCAGCUUAAAGCGCAGUUGGUUGUCCUUUUCCCCAGCUGGUUCUGGGGAAAAUGCAUCAAAACUAUUUCAUAAGAAAGAACAAGACAGGUACAGGAGAGAGAUGGAUUUUGGCUGACAUGCAUACACCACUUCCCAAAGUAGCAGUGGGAGGGCACUGGAUACAGAGCAAAUAGUGUGUAGACAGCUUUUACCCUUUCUUUUGGGAACUCUGCUUCUGUGCGACAUGUACAAGGGGGAAGGGUUUUGCAGGAGUCCUUGGCCAAACUCCCUCUGUAUGCAAAUUGAAGGAAGUCUCAUAGAAUAAGACACCCAGUUUCAUAGCCUCUCUGCAUGUAAAAUCUAUGGCAGGCUUCCUCAACCUUGGCCCUCCAGAUGUUUUUGGCCUACAACUCCCAUGAUCCCUAGCUAGCAGGACCAGUGGUCAGGGAUGAUGCGAACUGUAGUCUCAAAACAUCUGGAGGACCGAGGUUGAGGAAGCCUGAUCUAUGGUGUGGCCACUUCUUGGAUACGGUGUACUCAGAAACCCGGUCUCUGAAACCGGACACAGAGGUUACAGAGAAGGGCGACCAAACACAUGGAACACCCGGUGUUUGGAAAUGGCCUACAGCAGGAGUCUGCACAUAUCUCAGGCUUAUAUGGUCCACUUUGUCUACCAGCCAGAGCCAGGUGCAAGACUGUGGGCCAGCCAGGGGAGCAUAUGCUGAGAGCAGAGUGGCUCUGAGCAUAUGCCUGAUCCAGCAAUUUGAGACCUAUAUCUAAACAGACCUCAUAAGUCCUUUAUCUCUCAUUCACACCAAUCCUGGUUUCUUCUCCACCACCAUUCUUUCAUCGCAGAGCUUUCCAAACUGUGUGUUGGCUGCAGUGUGAAUGCUCCUUGUGCUCCUACCGGGGCUGGAAAGAGAUUGGUUUAACCUCCAGUUUGCUAAUAACACUGAAUUACUGUGUCACAAAAUGAUGCAUGUCUAAAAAAGUGUGUCACCCAUAUGAAAAGUUCGGGAAGCUCUGCUCAGGGCCGUCUUAAGCAUAUCUGGUGCCGUGGUGCAAAGAUCCCUCCGGUGCCCCCCCCCCUUUCCCAGGGUGGCUCCUCCGGCGGGGAAGAGGCGGAGGCUGGACGCGGCACCUCCUGGCUCAGCUGGCCGCUUCGUGCCGCGGUGGCCACUGCAGGCAGCAAAAUGAGCAAGCGGGCCUAUACUGAGCGAGGGCUCGUGCGCCACUCCCACCGAGCGUUGGCUAGGUUUUUUUCCUUUUAGCUUUCUGGUGCCCUGCAGAAUUCGGUGCCUGGAGGCUAAAAGGGGGAAAACCUAGCCGAUGUGUGGCGGGAGCACGCUCACUCACUCAGUGCGCUUGUUCAGUGUUCCCCGGACUCUUGCCUGGUGCCCUCCAGAACUUGGAGCCCCGCGCCACUAGCCUCUAUGGGUAAGACGGGCCUGGCUCUGCUUUAUAGCAUUCUCACUUGUUGCUGCUGAUAGUCAACUGGGAGUCCGGAACGCUUGCUGAAUUACUUCAGAUCCCCCAGAGGUCCACCAGUAGCUCCUGAUUUGCCUUCUGUCCACCCCAAAUCUUAAGCAUUUGAAGCUUUUCAGUUGUUGUUUUUAAAAUAUAUCAUUACAAGGGCAGCUUCAUCAGAUCACACGUGGUGUAGAGCAAGAGGUAGCCAACAUAGAUCAUAGAAUCAUAGAAUCAUAGAGUUGGAAUAGACCACAAGGGCCAUCGAGUCCGACCCCCUGCCAAGCAGGAAACAUGGUCCUCUAGAUGCUCCUGGAGCACAACUCCCAUCUCCCCUGAUCAUUGGCCAUUGUCCAUGCUAGCUGAGGGCUGAUGGGGAAUUGGGAGUCCAAUAAACAUCUGCAGGGACAGCCCUGGAGAAGAGAAGGCCAGUAAUAAGGAACUGCCUUUCCCAACAGCUCUCCCAUAUAUAACUCUGGGUUGCCUAAAAAAACAUGGAUUGGCUGACAUUUGGGACAGGCCAGAGGGCUUCUUUGUACAACGAACAAUUAAUUUGCAAAGUACGGCAGCCUUUUGUGUUUUAAGCGCACUGGCCUGCUAGACAGUGGUGGCAAGCAAUUGCAUGCAGGAGGCUGCAGAGCAGGGAUGGGGAACCUGCGAUCUUCCAGAUGUUUGCAGGACUAGAGCUCCCAUCAUCACUGAGCAUUGGCCAUGCCAGCUGGCACCGAUCGGAGCCCAGUAUCGCCCAGAGAGCCACAGGUUCCCCAUCCCCAUUCUGCCUGGCCGUUAAUUUGAAUUCAGCCUGCUCUUUUAUUUCCCUUCUCUUCCCUCCCCCUCCCCUUUUAUGAAGAUUACCCGCUCUGAGACCCCACAGCUAAUUCUCCCCUGGCCUCCUUGCUGGCCCAAGUAGGACUAAUUCAGCCAGCUAGCCCUGGUGACUAUCUAAUGCUUAUUAGAUGGAUUUCCCCCAAAUUGAUUUCUGAACUUUGAAUUUUAUUGUUAUUCAUGUUUUUAUACUGUAUUUUAUGCUGCUUCUACAAUUAAGUGUUUUGAAUUUGUUGUUAGCUGCCCUGAGCCUGGUUAUCUGAACUGGGAAGGGCGGGGUAUAAAUAAAAAAUUAUUAUUAUUAUCAUCAUCAUCAUUACUAUUAUCCCUGCUGUACAGGCUAGUGAGCUGUAUCACUCCUCUGCAGCCAGCAUAGAAACCGAGUCCAUUGCCCGGGGAUGGCAAGAGGCACUUUUCCAUGUUGUAGGAAGGACAGAGAGCUCUCUGCAAGGCUAGUAACUUUUGUGGAGUUACAUAUAAGGCAGAUUGAAUUUGAGAUCACAUGGUGGCCACUGGUUUGUUUAGAUAAGGGCAUAGGAGGACCCUGUUGGAUCAGGCCUAUGGCCCAUCUAGUCCAUUUCUCACUGUGGCCAGCCAGGGUCCCAUGGCCAGCUCACAAGGAGGACCUGCAUGUAACAGUGUCUGCUUGUGAUUCCAGUGACUAGUAUUCAAAGGGAUACUACUGCCUCUGGCAGGAAGGCGAAGAUGGUCACUGCGGUUGGGGCAAACGGAUAUCCUUAUCAUCCAUGAAUUUGUCUAAUCAUCCUUUAAAGCUAUCCAGAAUGGUGGGCAUAGCUACUUCUUGUGGGAGAGUGUUCCACAGUUGAAUGAUGUGCUGAAUGGAGAAGCACUUUCUUUUGUCUGCCCCGAGUCUUGCAAUGUUCAGCUUCAUUUGAGAAAAACUUCUCUCCGUCCACUUCAUGCCUUCCAUCAUUUUAUAAACUUCCAUCAUGCCUCUUCAUACAGUGGUACCUCGGGUUACAUACGCUUCAGGCUACAGACUCCGCUAACCGAGAAAUAUUAUCUUGGGUUAAGAACUUUGUUUCAGGAUGUGAACAGAAAUCGUGCAGCGUUGGCGCAGCGUUAGCGGGAAGCCCCAUUAACUAAAGUGGUACCUCAGGUUAAGAACAGUUUCAGGUUAAGAACAGACCUCCAGAACGAAUUAAGUUCUUAACCCGAGGUACCACUGUACUUGACUUUUCUGUAGCUAAGAAGCCCCAAUUCACAGAAUCACAAGAGCUGUAGAAUUGGAAGGGACCCUGAGGAUCAUCUGGUCCAACUCCUGUCCCAUCCAGGGAUCAAACCUGCGACCCUGGUGUUAUCGCCACCACACUCUAACCAAUGGAGCUACCUCAAUUUCUGAGCUACAAACUCAGGUUGCAACCUUUCCUCAUAGGGUAAUUCCUCCCUCCCCUUGAUUGUUUUGGUUGCCCCAUUCUGAACCUUUUCCCCCUCUGCAAUGGACCAAUUCACGGAGAAUCGAUCUAGCUAUGGCAGUGAGCUAUGAUGGCAAAACAGAUCAUGUUUUGAAGCUGCAUAUCUCUAGAUACACUAACAUGAGCUUGACCAAACUGUGGGAGGCAGUGGAAGACAGGAGUGCCAGGCGUGCUCUGGUCCAUGGGGUCACAAAGAGUCAGACACGACUAAACAACCACAAAAUCUCAAGAUACGAGCUACUGUGGACAAACUGCGAAGGGAAGGGCUAUAGCUUGGUGGUGGAGCAUCUGCUUUGCAUUCAGAAGGUAAUCCUUGGGCAUCUCCAGGUAAUCCUUAGGAGAAGCCCCUUUCUGAAACCUUGGAUACCUCAUGCUCUAUAGACAAUAAUGAACUAUACUGUAUAUAAUUUGACUUGUACAUUUUCCUAUGUUCCUAUGAUUUUAUGCUCUCCUUGUGGGUUUCCAAGGGCCUCUGAUUGGCCACCAUGUAAGAGAGGAUGGUUGCAUGGUAUGGUUCUUAAGUCUGAAUCUAGCAGGGAUCAUGAUCUGGAGCAAGAGAAGUGUGAAAUGGGUACUCAUCAGGAGUGUGCUCUGAAUGAAUGCCAAUGUGAAAAGUUAUCUGGCCUCUGACUAGCUCCUCAGCUACGGCAAGCUCAUAAUUGGUGAUGAGCAAGCCAAGAGAAAAAAUAUAUAUAUUUGAAAUACAUGAGGGCUAGUAAAUCAUUGUAGAUGCCUUUGCAAGCCUUGCAAUUUAUGUUCUUAAAUAUUACUAACUGCAAACUCGGGAAAGGAGGCUGGAGGUUCUGCACUGAGUGCCUGUGAGCGUUGUAGGUGGGGAGAAAUUUAGCUGGUCAAAUCAUAUGUGCCUUUUUAAUAGUUGUUUUGAAGCAUGAACUCUGGUAGUGCCAUCUUCCCCUGCCAUCCUUUUGCAGCCAGGAUGGGGGGAGCUUCACCCACCAUCCAUUGGAAGAGAAGCCACAGCAUCAUGGUAGAUCGCAUGCUCUAUGUGUGUGAUGUUCCAGGUUUGAUUCCUGACAUCUUCAGUUCAAAGGAGCAAGUGCCAUAAAAGACCGCUGCCUGAGAUCCUGUCAAUCAGAGUAGAAAAUGCUGAGCGAGCUAGGUAGACAAAUAACGUGGUUUGUUACUUAACAGCUUCUUGUGUUCCAGUUUCCUCUUUGGUGCAGCUACGUAUUAAAGGUACACGAGUCCCCUGUUGCGAGCAGGAGGAGGUCGGACGCGGUCACUUCCAGUGCCUAAGUUGUCAACUUCAUGGUCCUUCCUUUCGCCCAUUCCCCAGGUCUUCUGCUCUCCCCCCUCUGGACUGGCCUCUCCCCAGUCAAUACGAACAGUAUGAGCUGAAAAUCGAGGUGCAGCCCCGAACUCACCACCGAGCCCAUUACGAGACGGAGGGCAGCCGGGGUGCUGUGAAGGCCGCUCCAGGAGGACACCCUGUGGUGAAGGUAUCUGAGGGGUGGGGGGAGCUAACAAGAACCGGGAUAAGAAUGGGACCAGGGGGUUGGGUGGGUGGGAAGAGGGACAAUGAACUAAAUAAAAGUUCCCACUUCGCAUCUCUCCUGGAGGAGCCAGUGUGGUGUAGUGGUUAAGAGCGGUAGUCUCGAAAUCUGGGGAACCGGGUUCGCAUCUCCGCUCCUCCACAUGCAGCUGCUGGGUGACCUUGGGCUAGUCACACUUCUCUGAAGUCUCUCAGCCCCACUCACCUCACAGAGUGUUUGUUGUGGGGAGGAAGGGAAAGGAGAAUGUUAGCCGCUUUGAGACUCCUUCGGGUAGUGAUAAAGCGGGAUAUCAAAUCCAAACUCCUCCUCCUCCUCCUCCUCUUCUUCUUCUUCUUCUUCUUCUUCUUCUUCUUCUUCUUCUUCUUCUUCUUCUUCUUCUUCUGCAACCACAGUCUCACAAAACGACUGUAGGCCAGGCACAGGGAACUCAUGGCCUUGAAGUCAUCGGACAACAACUCCCAUUAUCCCAUGAACAUUGGCCCUGCUGGGUGGGGCUGAUGGGAGCUGGAGUUCAAAAACUUCUGGGGCAUUGAAAUGUAUGGUAAUGUGGAAAAGGCAAUAAUGCAUUCUCCUAUGUAUCAUGAUUUUGCCUUGAAAGUGGGCCGAGAGUACACCUGAGCAUGUGUAGAGUAUAUUUAUUCUCACCACAUAAUCACAGGCUCCACCUCUAUAUUUGGGACAGGAGCUAGUAAGGCUUUUAGGCUGAGGGCUGGGUGCCACCUUUGCAAUUUAGCCAGGUAAAGCCAGCUUUGCUUUCGACACCAUUUAUUCCGUAAGAGCUCAUAUGCAUUUUUUUAUUUUCUGCUAUUGUUGUUAUUUUUUAAAGCCCUCUCCUCUGCCCCCAGCCUCCAGGGAGCUUGUUGUCAACGUAGUUUUUUUUAAAAAAAAUACAUAUAUAAAUAUCUCGGCAUUUUCAGCCAAGCUAAUCCAGAAGGGAAACUUCCUUUUUUCUUUUUCUUUUAAUUCUCUUUUCUUUGAGGGCUGGUUUGAAAGUCUCCAUCCAGAAAUUUGAAAGAUGAAAACUAUUCCCACUUCAAAGGCUGCUUGCGGGGGCCAAAAAAAGAAAAAGAAAGAAAGACAAAUGUCACGGAUUUUGUUUGCAACAAAUUGUGAAAUAGCCGCACGCUAAAUUUAGAUGAGUGCCUUUUAAAUAAGUGGGAAGGUUGAAACUUUUAAAAAACAAAACCAACCCACGGCUUUAUGAGAGUGAGGGGGUGAUAUUUGGCCUGCUUGUUCUUAUAGUGACAGGGAGGUUUGAUCAGUGCAUGUGUGUUUUUGUGCUGUGAUGCAACUUUCCCUAUACUGUACUCCAUCUCUUUGUAUCCUAGUUUCCUCAAAUUACGAUGUGGAGAUCUAUAUGUACAUUUUCCGUGGGGUGGGGUGGGGGGGAGGUUGGCAUGAAAAGCUGAGGUCCGUCCUUUCUCUCUUCUCGUUGCCUCCGCCCCCCCCACUCCAUUUUUGUGUGUGUAUUCUUCCCCUUCCAUUCCCCAUCACAUUCCCCUGUAACCAGGAUCUUGGGGCUGCCCUUUCCCACGCUCUCAUCUCAGAUUCGCAGCGCUGGUCUCCUCCUGCAUCCAGCCCCUCUGCGUCACUCUUAGGGAUAGCAAGUCGGAGUGUGGAGUGUUUGUAUGUGCGCACGUGGGACAAAUACCCCCACCCCUUGCUCCAUAUGCUUUCUGGCAAAUUCCACUCCUCUUCUGCAGGCGUUCAGAACUUGCCCUUCCUUGCAGAGAGGCAAACCCUCCGUUUCCUAAAGCUGCGCCCCCUUCCCCCUUUCUCUUGCCAUCUCCCUGCUUCCCAUUCCCCACCCCGCCCUUUCCAAAAGUUGGCAUAGGUUUCUGCAGGUUCCAAGGCCGCUUCCACUGCCCCCACAAUCCUUCAGGCCUCAGAUCCUUCCAUCUUCCGUGGCAUGAGUGGGGAGGGGAGAGGUAAAAACGGAGCAUUUUCCUUUAAGGCUCAAAUCGACUGCAGCUGGAAGUCUUGGCCUCUGAUUGGAAACAUCUGGGCGUCCCUGAGGCAAGACCACCGAUGUCUCCAGCUGCAGUGGCCUUUGCCAAAGAGGGUGGCUGGUAAGGAGGUGGUGGAGACAGGGAGUAAUCAAUAUGUAAGACACACAGAGCUCUUUUCAUGGAAUAGAGGCCCACCUUCCAGGUCUGUGAUUGCACAACUUAAUUUAAGACAGGGAUUAGCCCCCAUAUUUUAUUUUAUUUUAUUUUUUAAGACUGAAUAAAGUCUCCGGAGAAUUUGAAGCAAGCAUAUUUCAUAUCCACUGCAUUGAUUUUUAUUUUUUUUAAUGACAGCCGAACCUUCUCCUUCAGCUGCUAAGUGUUUAUGAACAUUCUGUGACAUCAUAGCCACAGGGUCUUGGACAGACUGUUUCCUAGCCCUGCUGUCUCUGAACCUUCUGAAGUGGUGAUGGCCAGGAAUUUGAAACUGGGACUUUUAAAACAUGCAGAUCCGUGACCACCCAUUGCGGGUUCUUCUCGCAAGGAAAUGAACCGGGCCACCCCUUUGCCACAUACAGAGCAUCUGCCAUGACGCAGCGUCACAGAAUGUUCAGAAGUGGACGGGGAAAUUCACAUGUAAGAUGUCCCAUUACAGAAUGCAUUGGCUGGGGAUGGUGGCCAGAUUUUGGCGGGGAUGAUCGCUUAAGUCUCUUUGGCUGUGCAGGAAAAUGUCUGGGGUGACUAUUUUCUCCUAGAGGGGUGGCAAUCAUCACACUGAUUUUGCCACAUCCUCAGACGAACUCAAAAGCUCGGUCCGCGGUCACGGCAAUAAGAUGAGAUAUUUUAUAUCGGAGAAGCUUACCGUUCUCCUUUCUCUCCCCACCCCAGCUUUUAGGCUAUGAUGAGAAGCCCCUUACCUUACAAAUGUUCAUUGGCACGGCGGAUGAGCGGAACUUGCGUCCCCAUGCCUUCUACCAAGUGCACCGCAUCACUGGCAAAAUGGUUGCCACCACGAGCUAUGAAUCCAUCAUCAAUGGCACCAAGGUCCUUGAGAUGUCCCUGCUGCCUGAGAAUAACAUGGCUGCCAAGUAAGAAUUGCUUUGUGGGGCUUUCGAAGAGUGGGGGUGAUGUGGUUGGUGAAUAUGCCCAAUUAUUAAAAAAUAAGGAAAUUCCUCCCUACGUAGCAGCAAACCUGAUUUUGCAACUGAGUAUAGAUGCUUAACGGGACGCGGGUGGCGCUGUGGGUUAAACCACAGAGCCUAGGACUUGCCGAUCAGAAGGUCGGCGGUUUGAAUCCCCAUGACGGGGUGAGCGCCCGUUGCUCGGUCACUGCUCCUGCCAACCUAGCAGUUCGAAAGCACCUCAAAGUGCAAGUAGAUAAAUAGGUCUGGCGGGAAGGUAAACGGCGUUUCCGUGUGCUGCUCUGGUUCGCCAGAAGCGGCUUAGUCAUGCUGGCCACAUGACCCGGAAGCUGUAUGCCGGCUUCCUUGCCAAUAAAGUGAGAUGAGCGCUGCAACCCCAGAGUCGAUCAUGACUGGACCUAAUGGUCAGGGGUCCCCUUACCUUUAUAGAUGCUUAACAGGGAGUAGCAACCUAUCCUGUGUUGGAUGAACAUACUUAGUGAGUUUACAACACACAGGGAGGUGGGUUUAUGCAAUUUCAGAAAGAUAAUAUAUUUACAGAGCAACAAGGUAGACCACCCCCCAGGUUCCAUCCCGUGCCACUCUCAAAUUGAAUGCACCCAUUAUUAUUGUUUUGCGGGUGCUUUGGGAUCAGUGAGUUUUAGAAAGGAGUACUGGAUCUCAACAGGCGCUAGCACCCAUCAUGGCCAGGCAAGUGCCAGGGCCCAGUUGAGCUUUUGCAGGUCUCCAGUUUCCUUUUCAUAAAACCAGUGCAGUUGUUGCCUGCCAUGUUCUUUUCCGCCAUUUUCUUUACCCCAUAAUGCCUCUGGGUUUGCAGUGCAGUGGGGCUCAAGGCAUUCUGGGGAAAACAAAAUGUUGGGUGGCUGUACAUGUUUUCUGGUCUACCCAUUGAAAAGAAAGAAAAAAGAAAAGAAAACCCUGUGUUGGGGAAAUAGAAGAGGGCACUUGCAGAGAGUAACCCAAACCUGGCAGUGACCCUGAUUUUCCCCAAGGCAAAAUGUGUCCUAGUUAUCAAAUGUGUGUGUAGUUUCAGUUCAGCUCUAGGCAGGAUUCUGAUGCUGGUAGGAGACAGAAGCUGAUGAUCUAAGAGACUCUUCCUUCUCUUCUAUUCUUAGGCGGGGUGGGGGACCCUUUUAGCCCAAGGGCCAUAUUUCCUUCCAGGCAGUCUUCUGGAGGCCACAUGCCAGCGGUGGGUGGAGCCACAAGCAAAAGUGGGAGGAGCUACCCUCUGGGGGCAGGUCCCAGAUCUGGAGGGCAGAUCCAGAAGGAAAAAUGGGGAGGAACAACAAAUGCAAUGCUUAGCUUAAUACAGGAGCCAUGUUUCUUGGUUAUCCCUCCAUCCAAAUGAGCAAGAAGCAUCACCAGAGUUCAGUGGAAUAUUCUAGCCAGGCAAAAGCACUCGAGGAGGGUACAGAGCAGGCCUGGGAGGAAGGGGUGUGGCUAGGGUCCCAAGGGCCCAACAUGGGCCUGUAGGACUCUAUUUAACCCACGGGACUGAGAUUUGCCAUCCGUGUAUUGAGAAGGAGGUGCAUAACAUGAACAGUGAACUGCCGUGGAUUCACAGACAACUCCCCCUUCCCUUUUCCCCCCUGCACCAGUAUUGACUGCGCAGGGAUCCUGAAGCUACGGAAUUCGGACAUUGAGCUGCGCAAGGGGGAGACGGACAUCGGGCGCAAGAACACGCGGGUGCGCCUGGUCUUCCGGGUCCACGUCCCGCAAGGAAAUGGCAAGGUAGUCUCUAUCCAGACUGCCUCUGUACCCAUCGAAUGCUGUGAGUGCCCUCUGUGGGUGUUGUGGGUGGGUGGUUGUGUAUGGGAGAAGCAAGCCUCCAUGUAGCUGCAGGGCGGUCUGAACCCUAAGGUCGCAUCCACACCAGACAUUGAAAGCACUCUAAUACCACUUAACUGUUGCGCCCUCCUAAAAAAAAAAGUAUCACGGGAGCUGUAGUUUGUUAAGGGUGCUGUGGAAUUAUAGGUCUGUAAGGGGUCUCCUAGCAACUCUCUCAGCACCUUUAGAAAACUACAGGCCCCAGGAUUCUUUGCACAGAGGGAGCCAUGACUGUUUGAAGUGGUAUAAUGCUACUCUCAAAUGUAUAGUGUGGUUUAGAUAGUUCAGACGACUUUACUUGAUCAGUGCAACAGUGCCCCCUGGGGAAUGCACAGGCCUGUGAGUUACACGGACUUAUAUAGAAGUGCAUGCAUACAUAAAGGGCGAUGCGGCGGUGUGACACACCAUGCACUGGUGUGAAAGAAAUAAUUCAGUGUGACUUGGUGCAUUGAUCAAAAAGUCAUAUGGAGCAAGACGUAAUGUGUUGUAAAAGGAACUGUUGGAAAUUGGGACGGAAGCGUUAGCAUUAUAAAUGCAAUAAUCCCUGCAUCUGAAUGCGCCCAUAUCUCUGGAGAUCAAGAAAAACAAAGGUGAUUUCCCAGAGCGCAAUGCUGAUUAGGCCAACUUAUGCUGAUCCACUUGUGAACACAAAAUGGCGGCUGAUUCAUAAGAGGCUAGGCCAGAGGCAUCAUGGAAAAGGUGGAUUUUAGAGGGGGGGGAGGGUGGGUUUGGGGAGGCAGUUCUCUUGUACACUGGGUGUAUUCGGUUCUUCAUUCCUUUUAAUGGAGCAUUGUGCAAGGUGAUCUCUCCUUUGUGAACCCCUCCUUUCCUCUCCUGCGCGCAGCCCAGCGCUCAGCUCAGGAGCUCCCCCAAGUGGAAAACUACAGCCUCAGCGCGUGCUCGGUACAUGGCGGAGAAGAGAUGGUGAUCACUGGUGCUAACUUCCUGCCCGAAUCAAAAGUUGUCUUCAUUGAACGAGGCCCCGGUAAGCAAUGCGCAAUUUUUAACUUGUGGUGAUGGGGCGGAAGCUUGGCCUUUAAUUGCUUUGGAGCACGGGUCGGUCAUGACAACUGAGAGAUGGAACAUCCAUCUUCUGGGGCAGUUUACCACUAAAUUGCCAGAUGCUGGGGACAAAUAGCAGGCGAUGGCCUGCACGGCCAGUUGGUGUGCUCUCCAGAGAAAUGCAACAAGCCUUUAACACCUUUCAAUCUCCUGCCCUCAUCAUCCUUGUUAAUAGGCCCUCCCCUCCAUCUGAUAUUGGUCAAUUUCUUUUGUUGUUGCUGUUUUGCUUCAGAUGGAAAACUCCAAUGGGAGGAAGAGGCAAAUGUCAAUCGGCUGAAAAGCACAGAGGUGAGAAUUCUGGACAGUGAUCUCCUCAUGCGGGAAGUGAAUUUGCAGUCUGCCUUUUUCCUGUCAGCAGUGGCGCUAGGUUUCUGAAACACAUUUAGUGGGGAACGGGGAAAGACUUUUACUGAAUGUGGAUGACAGCAGGGAAAUCCUGGGCUGGACCAUUAUGCUGAUCACACAGAGACAAGUAAUGAGUCUUUGCUAUUGGAGAACAGCUGGUUUGUUGGUUUUUAAAAACCUCCAUGCUGGUAAUUAUUAUUGCCAGGAACAGGUAUAUUGAGGGGAAAUGCACACAUAAAGGCUCCUGGAGAUUCAGUGCAGGGAAAUAAGUCCUGGUGGUUUUUCUACUGAUACAUGCAACGUCCAGGAAGGGGAAACUGUCUAGGUGCUGUUGGAUUAUAACUCCUAUCAUUUGUGGCUGGAGCCCAGUGGCAUCUGAAGGGCCUCAAGAUGCCCCUCCCCAGCACGAGUCAGAUUUAUUAUUAUUAUUAUUAUUAAAACAAUUAACAUUGAAAUUGAUGGGAUAUAAAAGGGAUAGAGAGAUAAGACGGGAAGGAAUCAAAUCCUGCCAAGUGGAACGGUCACUGACAGAGGCUGGUCUGGGAAUGGGGAGUCCAAUGGCAGUUGUUCCCAGAUGAGCUGAUGGAAUCAGCCUUGCCAUUUCAUCUUUAGUUCAUCUGCGGCCCAGUGGAAUGGCUGACAGUGGCUCCUACUUUGAGCUUGUACACAGAGCGGGAUUGAAAACGUGUACAGUGAUACCUCGGGUUAAGUACUUAAUUCGUUCCGGAGGUCCGUUCUUAACCUGAAACUGUUCUUAACCUGAAGCACCACUUUAGCUAAUGGGGCCUCCUGCUGCUGCUGCGCCUCCAGAGCUCGAUUUCUGUUCUCAUCCUGAAGCAAAGUUCUUAACCUGAAGCACUAUUUCUGGGUUAUUGGAGUCUGUAACCUGAAGCGUAUGUAACCUGAAGCGUAUGUAACCGAAGGUACCACUGUAUAUCCUCUCAUGCUGGAAUGGAAACAGUCAGCUUUGGAUCUUUUCAUGAGGAGCAGGAAGAUGAUACGAGGGAACCCAGAAACGAUUUUGAGAAUCUGAAGUGCUUCUGUAAAUGCCUGCUCAUGAACUGUGGCUGGUUAUAUAGAUAGGCGAACCUCCGUUUGGCAAUUUUCUACUGUUCAGCACAUCACCUGCUGCUUUUUUCCUGCUUCCACAGGCCUCACUGACCCUCACUGUCCCCGAAUACAGCAACAAACGAGUGUCUCGGCCUGUUCAGACCUAUUUUUACGUCUCCAACGGACGCAGGAAAAGGAGCCCUGCUCAGGCCUUCAAAUACUUACCAGGUACAUCAAAGUGCAAACUGGAAAAGGGGGGGGGGGAAUAUUGAGGGGGUGUAUGACUGCUAAAUGGGACGCGGGUGGCGCUGUGGGUUAAACCACAGAGCCUAGGACUUGCCUAUCAGAAGGUCGGCAGUUCAAAUUCCGUUGCUCUGUCCCUGCUCCUGCCAACCUAGCAGUUCGAAAGCACCUCAAAGUGCAAGUAGAUAAAUAGGUACGGCUCCGGCGGGAAGGUAAAUGGCGUUUCCGUGCACUGCUCUGGUUCACUAGAAGCGGCUUAGUCAUGCUGGCCACAUGACCCUGAAGCUGUACGCCGGCUCCCUUGGCCAAUAAAGCAAGAUGAGCGCCGCAACCCCAGAGUCGGUCACAACUGGACCUAAUGGUCAGGGGUCCCUUUACCUUUAUGACUGCUAAAAGUGAUAUUGAUGGUUUUUCUUUCUCCCCCCUCCCUUUCCUCUUCAACCCACCCAUCUCCUCCAGUGAUCUUCAAAGAAGAAGCACUCCCAGAUGCCCCGCACCGUGGUUUCGCCCACACCACUCAGAGCUCUCCUUUUCCACUACAGCCGGCACAGGGCGCCAUGGAUUUCUCUCCCUCCAGACCCCCCUUCCCUUACUGCCCCGAGCGCUCCCCGCCGUGCUCCCCCUACGGCCCCGACUGGAACCCUUGCUCCUUCUCCUGCCCCAACCGCUACAACCCUGCCUUCCGUUUCCCUCAAAACGAGGCCUAUAGGGGUGUCAACCUCUCUGUGCCGCUCCUGUCUCCAGCGGGCCUGCCCCAUCUCCAUGCCCUAGAAUGCCGCCCGCCCCACUUCCAGCCUCCCAGCCCACAACUCGGCGCUCAGCCACCGGGGCGGGGAGAGAACCGCAGCGGGGAGAGGACUCCGGAAUGGACAGAUCCAGAGCUGGGGUCCCAAGAACAUAGCGCCAAAGAGCUGGAGAAAUCGGGAUUCGAUGGUGGCUUCCGGGAUAACUUGCCCAUCCAUGGGAUCACGCUGGAGGAAGGUAUAGCUAGAGCUGUGAAGGGGGCAGGGGAAACAAAAACAUGUCUUUGUGUCUUCUCUUGAGAUAUUUACAGGUGAUAGAUAGAUAGAUAGAUAGAUAGAUAGAUAGAUAGAUAGAUGAUAGAUAGACAGACAGAUAGAUAUUGUCAGAAUCGUGGUAAUCUAUGGACCUCCCCAGGAUGCAGGUGGCGCUGUGGGUUAAACCACAGAGCCUAGGACUUGCCGAUCAGAAGGUCGGCGGUUCGAAUCCCCAUGACGGGGUGAGCUCCCGUUGCUUGGUCCCUGCUCCUGCCAACCUAGCAUUUCUUAAGCACGAAGUGCAAGUAGAUAAAUAGGUACCGCUCUGGCGGGAAGGUAAACGGCGUUUCCGUGCACUGCUCUGGUUCGCCAGAAGUGGCUUAGUCAUGCUGGCCACAUGAGCCGGAAGCUGUACGCCUGCUCCCUCGGCCAGUAAAGCGAGAUGAGCGCCACAACCCCAGAGUCGGUCACUACUGGACCUAAUGGUCAGGGGUCCCUUUACCUUUUUAUGGACCUCCCCAGACUAGUGGUUUAUUGUGGAUGCAUUUUUCAAUACAGUCGCACCUUGGAAGUCGAAUGGAAUCCAUUCCGGAAGUCCGUUCAACUUCCAAAACAUUCGGAAACCAAAUUGCGGCUUCUGAUUGGCUGCAGGAAGCUCCUGCUUCCAAUCAGAAGCUGCGGAAGCUCCAUCAGACGUUCAGAUUCCAAAAGAACGUUCGCAAACUGGAACAAUCACUUUCGGGUUUGCGGCCUUCGGGAGCCAAAACGUCCGAGUUCCAGGGUGUUCGGGAUCCAAGGUACAACUGUAUGCUCAUGACACAGUAAUAGUGUAUUUUCAUGGUGGAUUUCGUCUGCUUUUGUUUGUUACUGCUGUCUGUACAACAAAAGCAGGGUAGAAAAAAUGUUUGUGGUAUUCAGAAUUUACAGGAUUUCAGCAGGAGGUUAUGAAUAUGCACUGACUGGAAAUGAAGCUUUUGCAGGCACGAACAGUAUUCAAAAGCAGGAUCGUGUCUAACCACCCCGAUAGCAUUGUGAGCAUAAGUCAUCAUGUAUGCACAGUAAAUAAUAAAAAAAGGAUGCCUGGGGAGGCCCCAGGUGUCUGGAGGAUAUGGAGCAUGCAAAUGUCACCUCUGCAAUCCCAGGCCACAGUAUUCUGCAAGUUCCACCUGCUGAUCUGCCUCGCCUGUCCUAGGCCGCAAGUGGCCCCAGGAAACAUAAACUCAGCAGCACUGCUGGUGGUGUUUUUCUCUUAUUGCAGAUGUUGAAUAGAGAAAUUAAGAAAUUUCAAUUUGCCUAGGUCAUGAACUUGCUUAGGUGAGAUUUGGGUAAGGACAGGCUGAGCAACUAAUUCAGUCCCUCUUUUUUGUCUCUUUGGAGGUCAGCCAUAGGUCUAUUCCAUUGUGUGUGUUUUAGAGAAUGCACAGAUCAGCCUUUUAACUUACACACUUCUUACUUAAAACACAUGUUUUUAAGGUUAAAAUAUGCACUUUUCAGUGCAUUCACAUGUAAAAGAAACCCACAUGUUUUGCACGUCUUUUACAUAAAAGGCGUAAUUUUGUGCACACUUUUUGCGCAUCAGAAAUACAUAGCAGAAUCCAGAGAACUGCAUGAUCUGACUAGGAGUUGCACACCAACCCACAAGCAGGCUCAAGAGGACCAGAUCCACCUGCUGCAAACAAACAAAUUCAUCCCCAAGCCCUGGGGGGGGGGGGGGGGGCUUGAGUAGUUUGCCACUGAGCUCCCAAGGCAGCACUUACGAGGCUUCUCUCAAGCCCUCUCCAUCUCGCCCACAUUGACCUCUUUUCUCUCCACAGUAACCGAGAUCAUCGGCAGGGACCUAAGCGACUUCCCCGAGCCCUCCUGCGAAGGCAGGCGGAGCUGAGAUGCCGCUGGAUUGCGGGGCGCUCUGAUCUUCUAAGAGAAACCUGGAGCUUUGACCCAGAGAAAGUUGGCAACACCAAAGAUCACCCUGAGUGGCCAGUUUUCAGGGACUCUCUGCGUCCAUGAGUUUUGCUUCUGACAUUUUCCUGCCUAUCCUUUUUAUUCAUUCCUUCCGCCACUCCUUUUCUUUUCCUGUCAAUGCUUCCAUAAAGGGCAAAGUCAGCCUCAGAAUGGCCAAGGCAGUGGCUCUCCAUUCUCAGACGUCCCGGCAGAAGAAGCCUCAAAAGAAGCUCACCAGCAGAGCUAACACUGUGGUGGCCACCUGUUUUUGUUCAUAGUAUCUGGUGCUCAGAGAUAUGUAUCAUUCUGGACCGAGAAGUGGGCUUGCACAUCUGGCUGUCAUGGCCCAGAGCGACCUUAUAUCGUGACUCCUUAAAAUGUAUGAUAUUGGCCAGUGUGUUGCAAUGAAUUCCAUGGCCCAGCCUGGGCAUCUAGGUGAGGCCUUCCAUUUGCCAGAUUGCCCUGUCCCUUCUGCUCAUCCGUCCAGUCUUCUGCGCAUUUUCUCCACCUGCUCUCGGCCGUGUCCGUCCAUCCAAACCACCAACCGUCUACCCUUGGCAUUGACAAGGGCUCCAAGUUUCUCCUUGAUGGUGAUGUCUAAAUGACUUCCAAAAUGGCUUGUGCCAUAGGUUCCUGGAGACAGGGCUGGCCCGAGACGUUUUGGCACCUGAGCUGAACCAGAAAAUGCCAGGGAGGAAAGGACUAGUGAAGAUCUACAUCAGGGAGGGUGGAUAAUGAUCUGUCCUGGGAACAAGGAUGGAAGGAGACCAGCAGCACCUCCUAUUCAACAAGAGGAACUGAGGAAGCGAUAGAUCCGGCCUACAAGGAGUAGCAGGCGAUGCAUUCCUUGGAGGCCAGAUCUGCUGCCCUUGUGUACCCUGAGGUGGUUGCAUCCCCUUGCCUCAUGGGUGGGCCGGCCCUGCCUGCAGAACCUUAUCAGAAGGUUCCUUGGCUAGAGGAAUAGGAGCGCAAGGAAAGUUGCUCUCGAAAGGCAGAAUGCCCCUGAUUCCUGAUCUUGCCUUGCAGUGGCAGGGAAGCGUCGUGUAAAUUCUCCUGCAUUUGUUCAGUUGCUUCAGGGCAUUGUCAAGGAGUGUUAAGCCUGGAAUGUGUCAUUAUAUCAGGGCUGGGGAAUCUCCUCCAGAUGUGGCUGGACUCCAGCUCCCAUCAACCCUGACCGUUGGCCGUGUUGGCCAAGACAGACAGCAGCUGAGUCCUGACAACAUCUGGAGGGCCCCAAGUUCCCUAUCCAUGCCAGUACAUUUCCCAGGCUCUGUUGUUUGCUUGCAGGUAUUCCUUGUCGAAUGCUCUGGGGGGACUCUUUGGUAGGCCAUUUUGUGGGUAUGAGAAGUCCAUGGCUCUCCAGAUGUUCUCCCACCAGCCCCAACCAACAUGACCUGUGGUCCAGGGUGAUGGAUGUUGGAGUUGAACAGCAACAUAUGGAGACCCCUGAUGUACCACCCUCUCCACCCCCUCCACCCGUCAUCUCCUGUGGUGCAGUGAUCCUUCUGAAGAACAGCCGUGACGAAUUUUUUCCUCAAUGGUUGCCAGUUUCCUUGUUCUGGAAUUAUUUUAUAAUUGUGCCCUUGCUGAAGAAGCUGCUGAUGUGUGUGGAAGGGGAAAGGAACCGUACCACUGUUGUCCUCCCACCUUUAAUAUAUAUGCUUCCAAGUUGGUCCGCGGGGAGGGAAAUCAUUUCCAGUCGGGAGAAAAAGCCAUAAGAUGUGUCACUGGUGCUAACAGUAGUCCCUAGUCCUCAUGAAGACUCUUCCUUACAAGGGUUAUUGUAAUAGGUGAAGAGGCACAUAAUGUUUUCAGAGCAAUGGGCUGCUUUGGAAAUGGCCUUCCUACCUUCACUCAAAAGAGAUGUGUAUUCCUCUCCAGAGUUGACCAGGUGAGUGGGAAGCGGAGGGAAGUAUUCUGUGAGCUUGCAGCAGGAACUGGCUGUGCACAGUGCUGAUUGGCUAGUGCUUGUGACGCAGCCAGGAUCCCCCCUGCAUCCUCAGAGCAGUUUUGCACAUUAACUUUUUUAAAAAACAAAACCAAGAAGGUGUUGAAUUAAUAAAGGUCAAUCCAGUACCUUUUUAUAAUAAAGUAGGUAAGCUGUCUGAAGUGGCAGCAUAGGAGACAGAUAAGCCUGAUAUAAUUCAUCCAGAAUUUUGAUUGGCCGGUAUGCACAUUUGUGAAGCUAGGCUUGCUCUGCAGCUGAGAGUCCGGUGAGCUCUUUCUGCACCCUUACAAUCACAGUGAUUUUUAAAAAAAUCAAAGUUCUAGGCCCUAAGCCUACGAGGACUAUUCUAGAAAAUGUGAGGAUGCUGGCUGCCUUGCACAAUCUCAACCGUCACGUGACUCCAUUCCCCACAUUUAGCAGAAAUGGGAUGUUUAUGCAAAAUGAGUCAAAGUAUUCAAAAUUAUUUCUUUAACAACAUUUAUUCAGGUUUCAGAAUCCCAGCUUUUCUGAGCCAACAGUUUGCAUUAUCUGGGUGAUGAGUUUUCAAUCAAGUGGAGAAUACGCAGUUAGGCAGUUUGAGAGAGGGUGCCGCCACCGAACUACAAACGGGGGAUUGGCAACUCAGAGUUGAUAGCAGCUGUUUUUAAAAGCAUUCAUCUCCCCCCCAAAAUAAUCGGGCAUCUGUGUGAGGCUGGUAGAGAGCAGAAAGCUCAAAGAAGGAAAUGAAAUGUACCACAGUAACUUAAUAGGGUGUUUUGAAAUUUGGAGAGACAGUAGUUACGCCUAAUGUUGAUUCCCACCUUCCUUAAAUCCUGCUCCUUGAGAUUGUGAUCAGAGACUCAGGGAUCGGAAAUGGUAAGGGUUAAUUAACAGCCCCCCAGCGUUUUCCUUGUUGCGGAGGAGUGGCUGGCAUUUUAUAUUUUUGAUAUGUACUUUGGGGGAGUGGUGGGAAUGUUAUUUUGUAAUUAAACGCAUAAAAAAGGCCUAAAGGAAAUAA